AUGUCUGAACUCGAACCGACCUCUCUCACUCAGUUGCCAGAAGUAGGAAAUCGUCUCCUCUACUCCCAAUCAGAGCUGCAAAACUACUUCGAGCGGAUCAAUCUUCCUGCGAAAUACUUCGAGUCUCCGAUCCUGUCAGAUAGCACUCUUGCAAAAUCAAAGGAACAUGGCCUCCCAUUACUGGAAGCAUUAUGCCGCCAUCACACCAGCAAUGUCCCUUUCGAAAACCUCAUCCUCCACUACUCCACCAAGAAAAAAGUCGUUCUCGAGCUUUCUCAUCUCUACACCUGGUUCGUGACCAAACGCCGCGGUGGUCGCUGCAUGGAAAACAACAGUUUCUUUGGUACCGUGUUGCGCUCCCUCGGCUACCAAGUUCGCAACUGCGGUGGCAGGGUAAGCAGAGCAAUGAGUCCAUUCCCAGAAGUCCGCAAGAAUCAGGCAAAUACCUAUGAUGGACUGAACCAUAUGCUCAAUCUUGUGCGCUUGGAGGAUGAGUGGUAUGUGGUUGAUGUGGGUAUGGGUGCCAUGGGUCCAAACAUGCCCUACCCACUCCGCCACAACUUCUGCACCACCAGUAUAGUACCAAGACAAAUCCGCAUCCAAUACCGCGCAAUCAGCGAAUCGUAUGCCGGAGACGAAGCCCCAAAGCUGUGGUGUUAUGAUGUUUGCCACGUUCCCACGCACGGCGAACAAAAUACCUGGAUUUCUACGUACUGUUUCACAGAGAUGGAGUUUUUGCCGCAGGAUUAUGAGGUUAUGUCUUGGUUUACGUCUACACAUGCGAAUUCAUUCUUCACCCGGUACAUGAUGGCGACAAGAAUGAUCAUGGAUGCCGAGCAAGAGGAUAUCAUCGGUAGUAUUACUUUGUUCAAAGAUACCAUCAGAGAACAAAUGGGCAGUGAGCGCAAACUUGUCAAGGAAUGCAAGACGGAGAAUGAGCGAGUCGAGGCAUUGAGGGAAAUUUUUGGAAUCGAGUUGAUUGAGGAUGAACGAGAGGCGCUCUCUCUUAAGCUCAGAUUGGCUUAA